CAAAAAUAUUCCACAUUUCUACCAAAACCACGCGCCUUCUACAAAAUAUUAUAUGAUAAGUAAGAGAGGGAUGCAGCUUUGAAGAUUCCAGUUUCACCUUCCAAGCACCGUUACGCCAUCGCAAUCAAUUGAUCAGCGAUGCCUGCUGUCAGCCAGCCAGGUCGGCUCUCAAAGAGGUCUCUAGCUACAGAUGCAGCCCCCGAUAAUAUACUGCUCACGGAUAAGGGGCGGGUGAAACGACGCCGUUUCUCAUAUAAUGGCGAAGACGAAGCCCGGCCUAUGCCUAAUAGGUUGGAGAAACCUGCAGUAACCAGCCCCGAAGGAACUCCAAGGCAUGAAAUUCGUCCUAGGGAGAAGCUGUAUUCCACGUUUUGGUCCGUUUCGCAGCCCGUUGCUGGACGAUAUAGUGAUUUAGACCCCAUAUUCACAGCCGACGAAGGAUAUGUCUUUAUUGGGCUCGAGACGGCGGUUCACGUUUAUUCAGUCUCAACAUCCCGUUUGCUCCGUGCCUUGGAGGUAGAAUCUAACCACAAAGUUGUCGGAUACAGACUCUGCCCAGUUAAUGAAGAGCAUCUUUAUGUGUUUACAUCUGGCGGCAUAGGCAAGUGGGAGUGGGCUACGGGUAAACGAAUGGCAUAUUGGAACGUGUCUUGCAAGAAGAUCGCCGUUGAUUUGACUUCUGAUGUAACUGAAGACUCUACGCGCACUAUAUCCUACAUUGUGCGAGAACACAAGGAUGGCAAGAGGCAGAUAUCAGCCAUGUGCCUAGCCGAUCAGAGGCCCCUUGAGACUAUCAUCUUAGAUAGUACAAGGCGGUUAACAAAUCUCAAGGUCUCACGACGAGGUCAAAUCAUCGUUGCUUGGGACAGCCAUCACCUUCUUGUCGGCAAUGCGAAGGUUGACAUCCCGAUCUCACCUGUUUCUAUGCAAUACACGUGGAGAGAAGUAAAUUUGCCAGUCAACAUAACAUGCUUGGACCUUCGGCUUGGUGCAUAUCCAGUUAAUACCGAGGUUACUGGCUCAAAGUCAAGGAAGCAUUUGGAUACCGUUGAUCUGGUGCUGGGGGAGUCUGGGGGAUCGAUUCUAGUUCUUUACGAUGCCCUAAAUUCUCUCACCAAUAAUGAAAUCAACUACCAAGGCAGACAGAGCUCAUCUUUCAAACGUCUACACUGGCACAGAGGCCCAGUCCAUGCAGUGCGUUGGUCCAAGGACGGUAACUACAUAUUAUCAGGUGGUGAUGAAUCAGUCAUGGUACUAUGGCAAUUGGAUACGGCUAGGAAGCAAUAUCUACCCCAUCUAUCUUCCCCAAUCUGCAACAUAGUCGUCUCUCCGACUGGAAACUCGUACGCUGUCAAGCUUGCCGAUAAUUCUAUUAUGAUACUGUCGGCAAGAGAACUGCGGGCUCAUACAACUAUAACCGGCUUACAAGUAUGUCCAACGCCAACCAAUCAAUUGAAUGGACAAGGCCACUAUACCGGGGGCACAUACCACUCCUUUCGUGCCGCAGCUUCAUUGCAUCCCAAGCAGCCAGAUCAACUUCUAAUUGCGGUUCCGGCCUCCCAGCAAAUCUCUGGAGAUGCACAUAUAUGUGUCAAUUCGCCUGUUCUACAAACAUAUAAUAUUCGUACCAAUAGCCAUAUCUCGCGCCAAGCCCUCACGCGAACCAAUGCUACAACUUUGACUAUGAGUCCGGAGGGGACCAGAAUUACCGCACCGGAUAUCGAAUAUUUGUCUGUUGCACAUGAUGGAAAGUGGCUUGCCACAGUCGACAGCUGGCGUCCAAGCAAGGAUGACCUUAAGGCUUGUGAACUCGGUCACAUUGCCACUGAUGACAACGGUGAAGAUUAUCAGGAGAUUUUUUUAAAAUUCUGGAAGUGGAAUAGCUUAUCCAGCUUGUGGGAGCUAGUUACUCGAGUUGACAACCCACAUUUCUUGGGAAAGAGUACACUACCUGUGCUCGAUCUCACUUCCCAACCGCACAAUCACGGAUUCGCAUCUAUUGGGGCUGAUGCGGUGUUGCGUUUCUGGUACCCAAGCCCCAGGCAGCGGAGCGGAUUGAAGGCAGUCGAUGUAGAGCAGCUGCUGGAAACGUGGAAAUGCCGAAGCAUUGUUGACCUCAAGGGGAGUAUUGGUAAUAUUAAUGCCAACAGGCUUUGUGCAGCCAGCUUGUGCUUCUCCGGGGAUGGCUCAGUUCUUGGUGUUUCUCUGCAGUCAGAAUCUCUAUAUCACAACAUUACGCUCCUCAUUGACGUCUGCACACAUGAGAUUUGUCAUACUAGGGUUGGGAUUUUUUCAGGGGAUCUCUGUGCGAUCAAGUUCAUUGGCAGGCACUUGAUUAUUGCUUCAAGCCGGUCAUUGUCUGCUUGGGAUACAGUUGGAGAUACCGUAAGAACUAUCGGGCCCUCAGACCUUGACAAACACAUAUCGACCGAAGGAUCUCCACGACUAUUGGCUGUGGAUCCCAAUGCGUUGACAUUUGCGGUUACGACUCAUUACAAUGGGGAAAAUUCCUCUGGUCGAUCCAACAAGAAGCGGCGCAAGGUUAAUUCUUAUGUGCAGAUAUAUGACCUGGGUUCCUUGACACUUCUUUAUGAACUUCCACUGAGAACCUGUCCUCUGGCAUUGCUCUUAGACCCGAUCUCUGGGGACUACAUUAUUGUCGAUGCUGCAGCUAACGUGCGGCGGCUGGGCAGCUUGGGCAAUACUACUAGGGUUACAGCCGGUUCUCAUGAUGCAUCUUCUCAUCUCAAGUCCGGAUUUGCAAAUCUGUUCGGAGGUCACGCGGGUCAUUCUAACCUAAAACUGCCAGCGAGGGCUGUUGGGGUCGAAGCUGAAGAUGCGUCUCUAUCAACUAAAGCAUUGGCUAAUGUUUUUGGAGACGCUGCUUCGUUUAGUUUGCCAUCUGUCGGUGCUCUCUUCAAGGACGUGGUCAGGUACCUUAAAUCGGGUUGAAUGCCAGCAGACAGUUAUCUUCAGCUAGUGGUUCAUCUUAUCUGGGGUCAUAUGGCACAUUCUGGAACCAGUCAAGGGUGGAUAAUGCUUGAUGAUCUAUAUUUGUGACAUCUUUCACAAUGAACUUUAAUAACAUUCGAUUCACACUGCCUGAAAGGGGCAUGGUUUGAGUAUUAGCAAUUCUGUUAUGGCGCUGUCUUCUGGACAGUAUGAUUUGGGUCAAACAAGCAAAUUGGGCUGUAACAGUACUCUUAGAGGUUAUUAUUUGAGUGGUUUUGGUUGCUGCUUUUGGGUAGCCAGGGGAAAAAAACCAUGAAAGAAAGGUGGGGAGGAAUAGGGUGCCCAGGAGACGUGGCACUUUUAUCUUUUGUGUAGGUGCAUACAGAUAUUUCUAUGGGAAUCUCUUAAAUCUAUUAUUACUUGUGUUCUAGGAUAUGUAUUUUUAUGAUUUUUUUUAUGCCAUUGAUGUGCUUUUUUUGCCCUAAGGUGCUGGAGUGUCAUUGUAAUCAAUA